CAACAACAAAAUGGAAACUGGACCAAAUGCAGAAAUAGAGCUUCUGGAGCGCGUUCUUUUGCGCCUUGGAAAUACAGACUCCGAUGAAAAACUGGAGGCUACGGUGGGAAAAUUCUUGGCCCCCGUAAUCCUGAAGAUGAACUCGCCCCACACCGCGGUUCGCACAAAGGUUGUGGAGGUUUUGACCCACAUUAAACGUCGCCUCACCUCCAGAGGACAGGUCCAGAUCCCCGUCGAGGCUCUGCUGGAUCAAUAUGCCGCCGAGGACAGUAGCACUUUCCUUAAAAACUUCGCCAUCAUAUUUAUUGCCAUGGGAUAUCCACGUCUUCCGCUGGAGGAGCAGACCGCUUUGGCAAGAAAAGUAGUGGGCAGCGAGAGUAAGCUGGAAAACUAUCAGGACAAGUUGUUUUCGCUGCUGCUGCCCAUUCUGUCAGACAUAAAAAUCCCGGACGAUCCGGAUAAGCGUUCAAAGCUCCUGGAGCUUGAAAACAAGCCGAUCAUUAGUGCGAACUUUCUAUCCCUGCUGCAGGAUGUACUGCUUCUCCCGUACGGCAUCACGCAGGACCAAGAAGUUCCCCCGGGACUCAGUCCUUUCAGUUUUAAGCGAAUCAUUGCCAAUAAUUGGCGUGCCGAAGAUCUAGAGAAGGUUAAAAAGGGAAUCGUUCGUUUCCUUUGUGGCAGUGUUUUUACGGAUGUGCAAAUCUUUGUGCCCCUGGUGGUGGCGUCUGCAGACACUAGAUUCAGUGUAGCCACUCCGGCUAUCGCAGAGCUGAGCAAACUGUGCACAAUGCUGGACUUUAGCAAUCCCGCUGUCACGUCUCCUUUGUAUAUCCUCUUUGCUGGCAACCAGAACAAGCUGACGGAUCGCCAGACGAGACCGUGUUGCGCCAGAGUUCGCCAGAAGCUGCUUCAAUACCUCAUCAAAUGCCGCGGCAAGAGCAUCAAUGUAACUAAAGGACUUCAGGUUAUCUUCGACGGUUUAUUCGGGACUAAUACCAAUCAAAAAUGCAAGGUGCUGGCUUUGCAGUUUGUGGAACUAGUGCUCAAAGAUGGUCCCAAGGAAUUAGUCUCCAAAGUAUCGAAAGUAAUCUUAACCGGCAUCACUAAGGUCAUUGGACGCGACUCCACCGAACCCAUCGAUGUGCAGAAUGCGGCGUAUUCAGCAUUAGCUCAGCAUGCCCGCAGUUUUCCUGAGGACGUCAGUCAGGACCUUAAGCUGGUUCUGGGAUACUUCAACAACCUAGCGAGUAGUGCACCCGAACUGCACUCAUCCAUUCGCGAGGCCCUUGUGUCCAUGGCCCCAGCUUUUGCAUGGAAAACAAAAGAAAAAACAGAUGCAAUGGAGGUGGACGAAGACACCGAUCCGGCCACUGUUAAGUUGGACGGUCAGCAGCAUUUGCUCUUGGCCAUGCUUCUGGACAAUGCAGAGUCUAAGAUCCAGAUUGUGCAGAAUGUCACAAGCGUGUUUCUGACCAGCUGUUACCCUGAGUAUUAUGCUCCCGCCAGAUACUUGUUGCUUCUUAUUGCAGGAGAACGUAAUUCUCUCCGUGAAAAUGUGACCACAUUUCUGUAUGGAACCUCAAAAAAGGAUCACGUCAACUACAAUAUGCUGUCCUCCAUUGAGCAGGUCGGAAACCGCAUCAACAGUGAAUCUAUCAGUGACUUUAAUCACCUUUCCUUGGAACAAAGAAGAGUAGUACUGCCCAGCUUCACAGUUAUGAUGUCGCAUGUCCACGAUAUGGCUAACAAGCGAUUAAAAAAGAGCAACACCUGCGUGACGGUGGGCCGCACCAAGCUACCCUACAGCUUGGAGGUGUACGAGGAGCUCCUUGACUACCUGCGUCUGUGCUUGUGGUACUCGGCUGGAGUUGUAUCUGCUCCCGGGGACGAGAAGUACACCCAAGACCUUCGCAACUACAUUAAGUUGCAUUAUGAUGAGGAGGAAGGAAACGCCUUGCACCAGUACGUGCAGUUUGUCCAACGCGGAGUGGAGGCCAAGAGAAGCGAAUCCAAUCUUAUUUGCUUGUAUGAUCUGCUGAAUGCCGCUCCGGAACUGUUUGCUGCCAAGCAGCUGCAUCUCCUAGAGCCCCUCGGAAACUCCUUAAAGGAUGUGUCCGAGACCAUGCGCGUUCACGUUGCUCAGGUGUAUGGCAUUCUGUGGGCCUUCGGACUGCCGGACGAUAAGUUUGAUGAGGAGCUCGCCGAGUGCUUAAAUAAUCUUUCGCAAAAGACAUUGGAGCACAAGCAUGGCUGGCUCCUGGUGGUGGGACACACCUUCAACCGGAAGAUAGCAAUGCUCAAGCAGUCGCAACAGGCCAAGGACUAUGGUACAUGGGCGCAGUUUGUAAAUGCUGUUAAGAUUAUCUCAAAAACACUGUGCGAAUCCCAAUGGCUGCUUGUUUCGGCAGCAGUUAAAUGCAUUUCCAUGAUCGGCAAGACUGUGGAGAUUCCAAAUGUAAAGGUGGAGAUUCAAGUGCCAAGCAACGACGCGGAUGACGACGAGGAAAUGACCGAGUACAAAAGCAUUGACACGUCGACCAAGCUGCUCAUCUUUGGCGUAGUAUUUCAACUUCUGCGGAGCUCGUCAGCGCGCCAAAAAAUCCGCGAGGAGGCGGCCAGAUGUCUGGGUUAUUUGGCCAUAGGUGAUGGGGAGCACUUCACGAAGCGCAAUCUGGAGAAGUUCCUCACGUUGGCAAAGGAGCAAAAAGACGCCGCCCUGAACAUAGCCAUCUCGGAGGCCAUUGUUAAUACUCUUUGUGGCUACGAUGUGAACAAAGGAAAGCCCGAUGAGAAAUUCGUAAACGUCCACUUCAACGAUGCAGAUUUCGAGGAGUUCCUUAUCUCGCUGAUCCGAAAAGUUACCGAGCCCAAUAUUCACUCUCGCCAGGCUAUAUCGGUCUGGCUUCUGGCUGUGGUCAAGCACUGUAGCCAACGCCCGGCUGUCCUGGCUAAAAAGGAGCUGCUGCAGUUCGCCUUUACGGAGCUUUUAUCAGAUGAUAGCGAAUUUGUGCAGGAUGUGGCCUCACGUGGCCUGGGAUUGGUCUAUACCCUUUCCGACUCCACCAGCCAGGGUGAUCUCGCCAACUCCCUGCUGGACCAACUUAUUGGAGGCAAACGGAAAGUCAACCAGGUCUCUGCUGACACCGAACUCUUUGCUGAGGGCAUGCUAGGCAAAACGCCAACCGGAGGCAACAUCACAACAUACAAGGAAUUGUGUUCUUUGGCAUCAGAUCUCAACCAGCCGGACAUGAUCUAUCAGUUCAUGCAGUUGGCCAACCAUAAUGCCACCUGGACUAGUAAGCUUGGUGCAGCGUUUGGUUUAAAGACUCUUUCCGCUGAGUCCCGGCAGAAGAUGCAGCCCUAUCUGGGUAAAAUAAUUCCUCGCCUCUACCGCUACAAGUAUGAUCCAACCCCCAAAAUCCAGAACUCCAUGAUCUCCAUUUGGGAUACCAUAGUAAGCGACUCCAAGGAGGUCACCGAGCGCUACUACUGGGAGAUCCUGCGUGAACUUCUCGACAAUCUCACCUCCAAAGAAUGGCGAGUGCGCAUCGCCUGCUGUUUGGCCGUGAGGGAUCUACUGAAGCGUCCCAACGGCCUGAAGUUGCGCUCGGAGGAGUUGGUGCGUGGGGUGAAAAGUUCCGAUGCAAUGGAGGUGGAUGAAGUGCCCGAGCCAGAGCUGAAGGAACUGUGGUUCCAACUGUUCCGUGUGAUGGACGACAUCCAUGAGGGAACAAGAGUGGCGGCUCACGGCACUGCCUCUUUUCUAGGCAAGCUGUGUGUCAUCGCUGCUUCUGCGGAUCAUGGAAAAUCCGGCACAGCGGUAGCUGCCUCCAUACUUCCGUAUCUUUUGGAUACUGGAGUUGGUCACAAGGUGGCUGAAAUUCGCAAAGUAAGCAUCAAAACUAUUUCCGAUAUGAUCGAUUCAUCGGGCUCCCUGAUUGCCCCACAUCUGGCCACCUUGAUUCCCUGCCUACUGCGCGCCACCGGUGAGCUAGAGAACUCCAAGCUCUCCUAUGUGUCCACUCGUUUGGGUGCUGAUAACGAGGCUCAGGAAGCAGUUGACACUCUGAGAGCUGAGGCCGCCAAGUCGCACCAUACCAUGGAAGCCAUUGGUAAGUGCGUUCGCUACAUCGACUAUCCGGCGCUAGAGAAGAUGACACCCGAAGUUCUGGAACUGAUGAAGAACAGCGUCAACCUGGGCACAAAGAUUGGCUGUGCCCACUUUGUAUGUCUGAUCAGCAUUCGAUUGGGCAAUGAGAUGACCCCGGUGGUCUCAAAGUAUUUAAGAGCAUGCUUAGUGGGCAUCAAGGACCGCAAUGCCACUGUCCGCAAGUACAACGCCAGCGCCAUUGGCCACAUCUUGGGCUUGGCCAAGGAGCAGUCCAUAAAAAGUUUCUUUACCAAGUUGGACGAGAUGUAUGCGGAUCAGCCGAGCAACCGCUCCAUCGCCCUGACUAUCCAGUCAAUUAACAAACGCCAUCAUGAGCUGCUCAAGGACUAUAUGGACAGUAUGCUCCCCUUAAUCUUCUUCGCAAUGCACGAGGAAUCCAACGACGAAUCAAAGGCCAACGUGGAACUGUGGAAGGAUUUGUGGACUGACGUAAGCCCGGGGGAUGCUGGCAUCCGUCUCAAUCUGCAUGUGAUCAUUCCGAAACUGGAGGCUUCGCUCACGGAUGCAAGUUGGUCGCGUAAGGCUCAGGCAGCGAAUGCCAUCCAAACAAUAGCAACUCGACUCAGCAGUUCCUUGGAGGAAUCCGACCGAGUGCGACUAAUCAAGCUGCUGCUAAGUGGGCUCCAGGGUCGAACCUUUGAGGGAAAGGAGCGCUUGUUGCAGGCUUUGGCCGGACUCACCAAGGGACUGAACCGCACCCACGCAAUCGGGCCAAGUAUUAUCGAUGCGGCAAUGCGAGAGGCCAGGAAGCGGGAACCGAUCUACCGCACAAAGGCCCUAGCAUCUUUGGGCGACAUCCUGGAUCAGCUUGAGGCGGAUCGCUUCGAGGAGGUUUAUAACAUGACCUGGAACCUGCUCGAAAAGAAGGAGCUGAGCAAGGAUUCGGACGACGACGACGAACCCAGUACUAGUCAGAGUCUGACGGCCGAUGAGCGCAACAAGCGGGCGCAAACGCUCAACCGACUUAAGGAAGUGGUAUGGGAAACAUUGGGUAAAUCUUGGCCACGCCACUCCAUCGAAACCCAGCACCGCUACGAGCUCUUUUUGGCCGAGAACUGCACGAGUAUUUUGGCAGAGAGUACACGUCCUGUGCAGGUUAGCCUACUGGCAGCCAUAACCAAAUAUAUUGAGAGACUCCACGUCUUCGAUGAGUCUGCUCAGGUGCCCGAUCUCAGCCAGAUCAAUCAGGAGAAAAAGAUUAAGACGGAUGUGCCACUGCCCCAGACUCGUGAGGCCAUUGUCGAGAAGAUCUGCACUGAUGUCCUUGCGGCGGUGACCCUUGCUGCCGGAGUCCCCCAUACAGGGCUCAAGAAGGAGGCCCUCAACAUCGUUCUAAUGCUGAUUAAGCGGCUGAGCGGCCCCAAAAACGAAUCGUCUUUAGUGUUGGUCCAGAAAAGCUUUGAAUCGAAUCUGGAAAAGUUUCAGCGGGACUCUGCACCCGAGAUUCGCUGUCGUAUCAAGGACAUCGAAGAUAAGCUGGGUAAAAUGCAGACCGGAAACUAAGACGGAGGGGAGCGGCCAAACCCCCAGCUGGGUCUAGAAUAGAAGUCUGGAUAUAAAGCAUCUAAAAUUGGCUGAAAAUAACUUAUAUUUAAAAAAUGGUUUACGAUAAUGUAAGAUGGGACUCAAAGACACCAUUUGUAAUUAUAAUAUAUUAACUACGAACUAUAAAGGAUUUGAUUUAAAAGAA